AUGGGGGCUCAUCGGCUAUUCGGACUCAGAUUGGGCGGGAGACCAUGCAAGUCGAAGAUCCACUACUGGUUUCCUGUUCUUUUACGGAAGUGGUCCUAUCGCCUGGGCAAGCCGCCGUCAAUCCUGUGUGAGCUUGUCAUCUAUGGAAGCCGAGUAUAUGGCGCUAAGCGAAACGUGCCAGGAGCUCCUGUGGCUUCGACGUUUGAUGGCAGACUUCGGCGAAGAUGUCUCGAAAGCAACAACGAUCUUCGAGGACAACCAAAGUUGCCUAUCUUUUGUACGAGCGGAACGGACGAGCAAACGGUCGAAGCAUAUAGACACGAGGCAGCACUUUGUCAAGGAUAUGGUAGAUCGAGGAGAAGUUGUUUUGGUCUAUUGUCCAUCGGAACAGAUGCUAGCCGACACCCUUACGAAGCCGUUGGGUGCUACGAAGUUCCGAAUGCUGGUGGAGAUGAUCGGACUGACACGCUAGGAGCUGUGGUCGCUGAGGAGGAGUGUGGGAGAAAUCAUCGACCACUACACAUACACACAUUCUUGUCGUACCUUGCGUACUGUUUGCAUCUUCACACGAAACGGUUACUCUUUUGUUGUACCAGUCGCCUUUGAUACUUUGACGAAUAAAGACGUUUUAUACUUUUUCGCUUACAAGUGUCGGGAGUAUUAUUUCUACUCGAAAGUUCCUUAUUAGUCCGUGUAACUCGCGUGUUUCUCUAGGGAUUUGCGUAUCUGCCUUUAAAAACUUGAUGGAUAUAGACGAAAUCUGUCAAGAGAUUCAAAUUUAGAACAAAAUCAGUUUUGAAAUUAUAGGCCCCAGAAAUGAUUUUUUUCUGUGCCAUUUCGAGUACCAUUCACAUUACAUGCCGUUCUGUUAUUCGUUAUCAUUCGUUAAAAUUAUCACACAUGAUGUAGGUUUUACACUGUUUAGUCUUUUGCUCAACAUUUUUACAGUCUAAUAAAUUAGUUAAUGUAUCUGGAAUAGAGUUAGUCAUCAUCAUCAUCAUAUUACUAAUUACAAAAUUUUCUAAAAUUUAAUUUUUGACAAACGAAUUGAACGUUUGUCAAAUCUGAAAACCUUUUCAUAGUGAAGUCUUACAAUUUCGUUUAUUCAUCCAUAUCAGACACUUCAUAAUCAAGUCUCUGCAAGUUAUUAUAACAUUGUAAAGUGAAGAAAACAAUCUCAAUUUCGUCUCAAACCACCAAAAUUUUAAGUUUCCAAUACAAGACCAAAUUUGGUUAAACGAUCGUGUUUUUCUGGGUGACGCACUAAGCAAUGCUGCUCGGCCGAUCGUUUUGUCAAUUAGCAACAAAAAUGACUGCAAACUACAGAUCACUCAGUCUCGAAACGAUCCUGAACUCAAUCGAUUUUCCAAACGGAAAACGACCCAAGCUGUUGGUGACCUGUUCAGACGUACCGGUAAGCUACAUCGACACCCUGCGGCGCAAAUGUGAUGUCUCGGUUUGUCAAGGAACUUCGCGAGAGCAGAUUCUUCAAGCUACGCCAGGAGCUGAAGGAAUCCUCUGGUUGACCGCCGAUCGCUUAGAUGGAGAAGUGCUGGAUAAAGCUGGGCCUCAACUCAACGCGGUAUCAACAUUAACCUCAGGAAUGGACUAUGUUGAUGCUAAAGAAUUCGUCAAACGAGGAAUUGCCCUAGGUCACACUCCCCGAGUGGUGAACAAUCCUGUUGCCGAUAUUGCUAUUGGAUUGAUGAUAGCGGCUGCGCGGAGAUUUCACGAAGGCCGAUUAAAAAUUCUGAACUCGGACUGGGAGCAGAGACCUCAAUGGAUGCUAGGGCAGGACGUUGUUGGGUCAACGGUUGGAAUCGUUGGUUUCGGUGGUAUUGGACAAACUAUAGCCAAACGACUACAGGGUUUUGAUCUUGGGAAGUUACUCUACACUGGCCAUAAACCGAAAACGGAGGCUGAUCAGUUUGGUGCUCAGUUUGUGAGCUUUGGCGAUUUGCUUCGGGAAAGUGAUUUCGUCUUCAUCGUUUGUCCGUUGACUCUUGAAACUAGAGAAAUCUUCAAUGCCGAGGCUUUUAAAUUGAUGAAGCCUACCAGUGUGUUGAUCAAUGUUGCCCGGGGAGGAAUUGUUGACCAGAAAGCGCUGGUAAAUGCUCUUAAGAAUGGAACAAUCUUUGCUGCAGGGUUGGAUGUUAUGACACCAGAACCGUUGCAACCGAACGAUCCUGUUCUUAACUUGCCGAAUUGCAUUAUCGUACCACAUUUGGGAACUGCAACAAGGCAGAGUCUAGAGGACAUGUUCGCCAUUUGUGCCCACAACGUGUUAUCGGCUUUGUCUGGCAAACCAAUGGAGGCUCCCUUCAAUCGCCCUUAAAAUGCAAUUUUUUCAAAUGCUAAAUUUUACAAAUUAUUUUUCUUUCAAUUUUCUUAAGGUAUCAAUAAGUGUAAAUUUUCAAAUAAAGUUUAUUUCAAGAAA